CACUGCUUUGCUUGCCGAAGAGGACUGAUGGAGCAGGUGCUGGCUAUUCCGGAGUUGCGUGAGCACAUACUGUCGUUUGUGCGUGGGUUCCGCGACCUGCAAACAGCGUACAAUGUGUGCACGGACUGGAGAGCAACCAUGCGACACAUUAUGCGAGCACGAGGGCUGCAGCCUUGGCCGGUCCUGUCCUCCGCGUGUGAUGAACACGGGCACAUCGUGCCUCGGCUUCGGGCCGACUUCAGCGCUUGGACCAGCAACGCUUUAGUGAUUCCAUCGUGCAUCCUUGUGUUUGUGUCCUGCCUGAACCACAACGAAGCAGCAUCCUUGCACUUUCUCGAGGCGCUUCGGGACCAGCUUGGUGUUUACCGCGCAAAGCUGCUGCUCUGCUCCGGCCAGGGCAUGUUCCACCCAGGGCAAACUCUCAGCAUCAGGCAGGAGAAUGACGAUGCGUAUGCCAUUGCGCUGCAAGUGAUCCCGGAGUCUGAGGACAUUGGGGUGCACCCGUUCUGGACGCCACGUGACGACCUGCUUGCACACGACCUGACCCCGGACCUGCUGAACAGCAUCAUGUUUGGCGAGCGCGACACGUACCCAGACCCAAAGGCGGUCAUGUUCAUCACACGCAACCGAUUCGAAGAAGCAUGCACGAUGGCUGCUGCUCUCAAGACCCAACUCCCCGACAUUGCCCUCGCUGGCGGCAUUUCCAUGAUUAGCUGCGGCAACCUCGAGUCAUGUGGACCGCACCUCUUUGGCGUGGCAUUUUCGGGCCCACACAUCAAGGCGUUGUCGUUGAUAUCGGAGCGCGGGCUGCACGAUAGCCGCGAGCUGUUGCAGGCCCUGGCAGCGACAGAGGGCCCACGCAUGCGGGUGUGCAUGGCCACGCUGGUGUGCUGCCUUGGCCGCUUUAGGGAGCAGCAGGAGGCGCAGGAGACGGAGCAGAAGCUGCUCGAGCGGGCGUUUCCGGGCGUGCAGUCGAUUGGGUACUUCAGUGGGGGCGAGAUUGGUUUCAGCGAGGACGAGGUCCUCCACGUGCACACACGCCCUGGUGAAUACACGUUGCUGCAUGCCUUGCAUCAGGACACGACAGUGUUCUUCCUUGUUGGUUUUGAGCGAAGGUAGCUCGCUUGUUGUGCUGUUCUUGUGUGUGUGUGUGUGUGUGUGUGUGUGUGUGUG